AUGAACAGCUCAAUCGAACGCAUGUCUGACGAAGGUUGGGACUGGAAGGUCGGCAAGAUCACCGAACAGGCCCCGGCUAUCAUCAUCAAUCUCCCGGGGAACACAGAGAGUUGUGUCGUCACGCUUAUCAGGAUCGUCAAGGUUGGUGUAUCACAGGUACACGACCCCCCGGAUGAUCCACCCGCGACACUUCCGGAACCGGCACCUGUGCAGGUCACCGACCGGCAGAGGCUGACGUCUGCCAUCUGGCAGCAUGGGAACCCUGUCACCUUCAAGGAUGAAUGCCACUGGAUGUGCAAGCACUGUGUCGACAAGCGCAGCCGCUUCAACAGGAACAGCGGCUCCGUCCGUCACCACAUGCGCUUCUUACGGAAUCUCGGAGUGGCGCUUAGACAAACCACACGGCUACUUACUAUCGAAGCCUGA